GAACUUGACCUUGAAUUUUUACCAGUUUAGAAGCACACAGUACUCUAAGCGAUUUUCCUCGAUCUGCCUUUUGACAAUGGCAACCGAUUCUCUUCCUACCUAAAGCGUUAUGCGGAAAAGAUUACGUGUGCCACUUUCACCAACACGUUUGCUUUGUGUUACGCAUGUCCACUGGGAUUGAGGAUUCCAGGCUAAGGAAUGCCGCCCCUCUGGAGGACCGGCUUGAGUUUCAACACCCCCAAGCAGCGAUUACUGCUAACACUACCCGACAAAAUCUGGCUGGAGGAAGUGGUGUGUUUGCUAAUUUUUUUGAAGAACUAGCGGGUCCCCAAAAUUCUGGCAUUACUGCAUGUGAUCCCGCAUCGUCUAUCGUUCCAGACGGUAAUCUAACCUACAAUCCCGACGGUUUUCCACACGAAUAUUUUCACGUCGGCGAUUCCCUUUGCCCAUCCAUACCUAAUGCCUUUUACGUUCCUUAUGAAGAAGAUAAUGAUAUAACAAUUUUGGACCAGUACAAACGCUUCACGGAUCGAUCUCGUGGUGCCUCCUCCUUGCACCCCUAUUUGUAUGGAAUUUCGUCACCAGAGCAGUCAUCUCCUUGGGGUGGUGCCGCGGUUCUGCCUUCGCCGCAGCCCGUCGACUUAUCCGAUUACGUGCACGGAGAGUUGGGCAGCGACAUGUGUAUUGCCUACUCCCAGCGGUGCAAGCCUCCUAAAGUGCUCGCUAAACGUUUCCUCUUGGGCGAGACAGUCGGACGCGGUAGUUACGGCAAAGUCAAAGACGCAAUCGACUUGGUAACUCUUCGCCGGCAUGCGGUGAAAAUUAUCAGCAAAUUUGGUGUUCGCAAAAUUCCCGGUGGUUGGUGUCAAGCCCUGUUGGAGGCUAGCGUCAUGCUACGUCUUCCUCCCCACCGUCACAUCGUCUCGUUGGCUGCUGUGUUGCGCUUAGAAGACCCAGAUCGACUAUGUCUCGUCAUGGAGCAUUGCUUGGGUUCUGUGCACGACCUGCAGUCUGCAGGUGUUCCUUCCACUUCGAUGAACUAUGGUGUGGACGAACGAGUUGAUGAACUCAUUUCCGACUAUCGGGACGAUCCGUCUGCGAACCCAGAGACUUCCGUUCGCCAUCCGGAGAGACGAAACACUGAUGCCUCGCAUAACACCGCUCGGCGGUUUGCUGGCAAACACGGCAAGUUUCGCGUUCAGCUGCCGACAAUUGCCACGGACAUCAAGCAGGAGGCGAAAAAAAUCACUGACGCCAUUAAAAACCGUAAAAUCUCCAACAUCGAAGCGGGAUUGCGGCGAAAGCGAUCGUGCACACAGCAAGCACAGCAACAGCAAUUUCGCAGACUUUCAGAAGCCCAAGCACAUGCUUAUUUCAUGCAGCUCAUUGAUGGCCUGCACUUCCUUCAUCGUUGUGGAGUCAUUCAUAGGGAUAUAAAGCCGGCCAAUUUGCUUCUCACCCCGGCUCCCGGUUGCGGUCUCAGUCCAUUGUACAGUGUGGCCGAUUUCAUGGACACCACAGAUACCGCCGAGAUGGACGGAAGCAGGGGUUUCCUCGGACGUUCUCUAUCAGAGAUCCUGAUGGCCUCGCGUGGAUGGUUGAUGAAAUUGACUGAUUUCGGUGUUUCGGCCUCGUUAUCCACUUUCAUUGCUACUGACGAAGUCAGCGGCGGCCAGACUACUCCCGCAGUGCAGCCCCCGGAGGUGGCGAAGGGCGUCCAAUCCGUGUUCGCUGGUUCCAAGCUUGAUGUGUACAGUGCGGGUGUGAGUCUGUACUUCAUGCUCACCGGUCGUGUGCCGUUCUCGUGCAUCAACGUGCUGCAGAUAUUCGAAGCCAUCGCCCAAGGGGACUACACCAUUCCUGGUCACGUGUCUGCCAGUGCAGCUCAUUUGGUCCGAAAGAUGAUGUGCAAGGAUCCAAAGAAACGCUUCACACUGGAACAGAUCGCGAAACAUCCAUGGGUACUGAAUGAUCCACCAUCACCCAUAUCUCUGGAACAAAUUCGAUCAAAAAUGCAAGGGCAUUCACCGGCAGAAUUUACGAGCACUUGGAGUGAACGAGGUUUCGUCUGCUGGCUCGAUCCUUUGGAAUUUCUUCGCAGACCCGGAUUCGAUUACCCCGCGCCCCAUAUCGAUGAGACCGGGGCUCGAAUCUUCACCCCGGUCGAGUUGGGACUCCUGGACGCACCUUGCGAGCCUUCAUCACCUUCCCCAUCUGAAGACGUUUCCGUCAACUCCGGUGAACCGUCUGGGAUCGCCCCUUUCUCUGUUUUGGAGCGCUUAAAGGUUUAUCACGCUUUAUAUGAUCCCGAGGGAUCGGCAAGGCCGGAUGCGAUCAAUCCCGGCUUCACUUCGAACCACAACUCUCAGGGACACUUCAUCGAGUCCAAAUUAUCCAACUUAGGUAUCUCUCCCAUUCCCCAUUACGCCAUUCAACCCAUGGCAUUCAAAAAACAGCGGUACUAUUCCGAAGGGCUCGAAAAUAUUCACCACUUCGAGGUCGGAUCGUCCUCUUUGCCAGCCGUCUACCGUCAGCGCGGGGUAACUAUAUCACUGCCAACUGGAUCGGUAUCAGACAGAAGAUACACAAUGCGAAAUCCUAUGCCUUCUGAGCCCCCACUCUGUCCAGCUGAUCUUCCUGUGUCUCCCCCACUGACUCACUUCCCCGAUUCUCACACCACUAUGAAUGUAGGGGCUGGGGGCACCAUGCGAGCAGAUGGUCUCUUUAGCUACGGCAAACCGGCCUCAACUCACGUUCCUUGGUCGAAGUCAGAAGCAUCUGAAUCGAAAGCAGCUCGGCAUCCUCAAUUUCGGCUUGGAAGCGAUGUACUCACUCUAGCCGACUUUCAUCCCAGUCAGCUGGUCGUUGCAAGGGACUCCCAAUUUGAGGACAGCGAAACCAAGUUGGCUACCCAGCUGUCUCCUGGAUCCAAUGUUCCACCGGACUGUGUUCCCUCCACGCCAGUGAAGGAGAGGCCACGUACUCGCUUGCGCCGGCGAGUCACUCUUUGGUUCGCUUCCCUACAUCGUCGCCUGCGUAACCGAUCACAGCGCGACUCAUACUUGAAUGAGUCCGGAUUGGAUCGGUCUCGCACCUGUGAUUCACCGUUUUAUCAUCCGGUUGAUCCACCUUCUAGUAUGCAGAACUCUGUCACUUCUGAACCGCCCAGUACAGACAAGCACCGGUCAAAAAGCAGACGCUGGUUAACCAUCCGUAGCCUCAGUCGCCACGGCAAGUCAUAGAGCGUAUUGCGCCGUUGAUCUUCGGGCGAUUACGCCUCAAUGUUUCUCCAUCCACUGCCUUGACUUCGAGAAGAAAUCCAUCAUUAUUGUUGACCUCCUUUCUCUUGGCCCACUGUGAUCAGAUGACGGUAUUCGGUUACGCUUUUUCUGCUGCCGUAUCAAAUCGGUUGUGUCUCCUGUGCUCAUCUGAUCUGUCACCGAUCGCCACCUCAUCUUCACUCUCUCUCUCUCUGUCCGGUGUCCUGUCGUUGUUACUGCACAACCUACUUUGUUUUGCUUUUUUACUUUACGGCAUAGUAUAGUUUUGUUUACCCGGUUAACGUGUGCGUACGUUUUAUAUACUCUUCGAUUCAACUGGCUAACUAUUUCAUCUUUUAUUUUGGCAAAUUUGUUUUGAGCUUAUUCAAUUGCAUUGUUUUGCCUUCACUCGUGUUGUACGAUUGAUUGUACAAAAUGCGCACUUCUUAGCCAAAUUUAGCGCGCUCACUUUGUCUGCUUUUUCCAAUCGUUUCUGUUCCCGUUUCACUCACGGCACCACUGUGCAUCUGACCGCUUCGUUGCCAUCGACUCCAGAUCCCCUCUCAAUUAUCAUCCUUGUUUGUUCCGAGAUGAAAAAUGUUACUUAGCUGUUUACAGAUGCUCAUUGCUUUUUGUACAUACUUCUCCUAUUCAUCCCACGCAUGUAUACAUACAUUCUUUUCUUCGUCUCUUAUCAUGGUUAGUACAUUGGAACAAAAACGCGCUUUUGAUACUUUGACCACCUGUGAUAGUCUGAGCUUGUAAACUUCCAUAUUCGGAUGCUUCCUGCUUGCCACUAAUAACAAAAAUGUCGGUGUAUCUUGACCAACUCUAAGCAUUGUACUUAGAUCUCCUCAGCCUAUAUGGACCGUUGCUACGCCCACUAGACCGUGCCAAAUAUCAUUGAAACCCAUUUCGUAAGAUGUUGCUCCUUCUAGACCCCCCUCAUGCGGCACCUCUGAACCCCGGCCGGGGUCAUUGCUUUCGACUUCAUUCAUUGGGCCUAUGGUACUUCUUCUGAAAUUUAGUCCCUUAAAGGUAUCAUCGAGGUCUGAAACCCCCCAAUGCAGAACCGCACCUCCUCCGGGAGUCUAAAAAUUAAUAUACCCUUUGUUGUUUGGAACCUACCGUACUCCAUUUCCGAGGAUCUGAUAUUUCGUUAAACGAUGGUUGGGCAACGGAGAUGUGUCAUUUGGUCGAGCACUUAAAAUGUACUCGGCCAACUGCCGCGAGUACUAUCUAGCUUUGUCUUCCUUUAAACAGUCUGUUUAUUUCUGGAAUCGAACAACGCGUUAGCACCAAGC